AUGCUUACUAUGCAUGGAUUAUUUCACUGGGGCAAUCGCGGCGUGAUAGAUCACAACGUGUCGGCUAGGAUGGAGUGUCAGCUGCAUGCUGGCAUGAUGCUGCACAUUUUUCAAAUUGCUGGAGAGAAAAGCACAGAUUGCAGAUGCAGGACAAGGUUUACCGGUCGGUAUCGUCGCCGGUCGGACGCGUUCGCGCACGCGUCUUUCUCACACUUCCACCGUUCCUCUGAACGGUGGUGUGCCAGAUACACCUUCGUCUCAGACCACACUCACCACGACUUGACAUGGCUCGACCAUCGAAUCUGGCGAGGCAGCCUCCUGCAAGCACACCGCAGCUAUGAUGGACACCUGCCCUGGAGCGAGCUACUGAACCAGCACAUCGGCAUCCAAGGCAGCAUCCAGGUCCUCGCCAGCUGGGCGAACCCACCUCGAGACGUCUACUGUGCUGGUAGCGACCAUUACAACGGCAAUCAGGCUGGCCUUGCAUCUCCGCUCCGAGUGCAACUCCAGCGAGUACCGUACCGUGGAGACCGUAUUGAUCGCGGCGUAAGUAUGGCGGAGAAAAUCUGGACCUGCAAAUUCCGCCUCGGCGACGAAGACGUCGUCACUAUUCUCAGAACGGUCGGCUCCGGCGAGAAGCUCGAAUUCUGGGGCCCUUCUGGCUAUGUGCCUGGCCUUGGUCUCGCACGAGAGAGGAUCCUCAGAGUAGCCCAUCCACACUUGACAGCUCGGCACUUUCCGGCAAGCCCGUCGGUCGCUCCAAAGGCUGCCAGCAUCCCUCCGUCGAAAUCGGUGCGCAAUGAGUCUCAAAUGGCACCAUCUGUCGCUCCCGUUGCGCACGCUCAACGCAAGAGCAUUGUGAUUGACCUUGGCGACAGCUCGAGUGACGACGAAGGAGACGAUGCACCCUCGAGUUCUGCCAGCUCUCCACUCUCGUCAGUGGCAACGUUUGAGCAUACCGAUUUGACCAUUCCUGAUCCGCAGCCUGAGAACAGCCGUCUGACUUCGAGUGAAAUUGACCAGGAGUCUAGGCUGGUCUCAAUCCGGCGAGGACCGCGCUGCCCAUAUUGCGACUAUGGCCGAAGAAAAGCUUCUCCGGCGCACCUUGCAACCGAUAUGGCGCGACAUGUCGAGGCUGCAGAGAAGCUACGAGCGCUUGGGAAGAUGCCACAAUUCUGUGACGCAUGCGAAAUGUCAUUCUGCACACCAACAGCAUUGGCCAAGCAUCUUUGCAUGCCGAACACAGCUGAUCAACGACUGAGGUGUCAAUACUGUAGCUAUCAAGCGACACAAUCUUCCGACUUGGAGAAGCAUAAAAGCGCUUCCGCAGAUCUUCGAAGAACUGGUCGCCUACCCGAGCGCUGCGAGAUCUGCGGAAAAACUUACUGCAGUGGGCGCGAUUUUGCUUUCCACCUCUGCGAUGUCGAAGGCGUCAUUGUUAGCAGUAGCGCCGUGUGCGCCGACCAAGCUGACAACGAGUCGGAGGCUCAGGACGUACAUAUCGACCGGGGCACCGAUGGGUAUUAUCAUUGUCGGAAUUGUGAGUACAUCAGCAAAGAGAGGGCCAAUGUCGCGCGGCACAUGGAGCGAGGCGAGAAAACCCGCCGAUCUGGUCAGUCAACAAGGAGCUGCAUUAGUUGCAGGAAGUCGUACUGCACUGAUGGCGCCCUUAUACAUCACCGCUGUGAAAGACAAGAUGGGAAAGAAUUGGCGGACGAGCCGGGAACUCAAGCAUUCGAAGAUCGUAUGAUUGAGGCAGAGAUGGCCGCUGACGCUACUUGGCCAGAGCUGACUAAGGAGGACGAUGAUAAUGCCAUCAUUAGGCAAGAUGCUGCUGGAGCUUACUGUUGCACUGAUUGUGACUACAAGGCGCCCCGGCCGAGCAUCGUUCGGCGCCAUAUGGAAUUGGCUCGAAAGGCGUUUCGUGCUGGUCACCAAGGUGUACGCUGUAACAGCUGUGACAGCUUCUACUGUACGGCAACUACCCUCUCUCAACACAAAUGUGAAUUCCGACAUGAGGCAAAUCCUUCAACGAGAGCAGAGCCGCUGGACAUGGCCUUGAUGAGUAAUGCCGACAUCGCUUUUGCGCGGGACGCCGAUGGGUACCAUUGCUGUCCGAAGUCGACAUCUGGAAUGGACGGCGAAGGCAUGUGGUCCCCAACCACUCUCACACUACCUGGAUUAGGUUCCGAUGCCGAGCCGGAUAUGACAGAUUUGAUUGAGGACGGUUCGAGCGAUCAAGAUUUGAUUGUGACUAUGUUGGACUCCAACGUCAUAAGGUACAGCGUCACAUGGAGGCUGCAAAGAGGGCUCGUAGGGCUGGCCAGCGUCGUGGAGAAUGUCAUGAUUCAGCGCGUUAUCACCGCUGCAGACCUGGAAGCGACGAAAACACAUCAAGAGUACGAUAUUGCAGAAAAGGCAUAUGAAGGGCGAUACGGGUGCCAGUACUGCGACUUCAGCAUCAACGACAUCGAGUUUGCCACCAGACAUCAAGAGUUGGCGCAGAAGCUUCGUGAAGCAGGAGUUACCCCCGAACUUUGCAGAGUUUGUGACAAGAAAUACUGUGGCCGCGACACACUGAGGCUGCACAGAUGCAUGCCGGGCUUCUCACAGCAGCUUCCGGGUAGGAAGAGAAGGGCGAGCCCCAUUCGUCGAGAAGGCCUUCGAAAUAAGCGCCUCGUUCUUGAGUACGAAGAAUCGCAGACCCUAAACUCACGGCCCGUGAGAGCAGACAAAUCGGAAAAGAGCGACUUGGUCUUCACGUCCACGGAUAGCCAUUUCGAUUACGGACCGAGUGUGCUCAAUAUGGUUGAAGGACUAUUCGAGAAACAAAUCAUUUUGAGGCCAGGUGAAAGCACUCUGCAACAUGGCCCACUUGUCGACAGCCUUCAACAAAUUUACGCCCAGAGAGACUCGCUCAAGAUGAGGGCGCUCCACAUUCCCCAGGGCCACGUCUUCAAGGGUCGUUGGCUUCUGGGGGUUGCAGCGGCAUUGAUACAUAUGACCGAUGUCGAGAAGGCCCACAAAGAUGUCGGCCAUCUACAUCAGUGCUCAUUGCGAAAGAUACAAGGUGAGAUGCUCGUCUUCACACUUAAUCAGAAACAGAAGCUGACCAGCAUAGUCUCUCGUGUGGAGCCCGCGCAAUCUGCUCGACAGUCAGACCGCAAGGCUUCGAACACAGAUCUGGCUCCAGAUUCCGAAGUAGCACAACGAGCGCCACAUGCGGUUGUGCAUCCCAAUGCCGCGCCGGCAAUGUCGACAAUGAACGACGUUGUCGAGCUAACGCCAGCCGAGCAGAGCAGACUCACACUCGCCUUGUCGAUGCGUAGCGACGAAUCGAACAACGUCAGAAUGCCGUUCGAGGACUGCGAAACUCUCUCUGGCUUGCUAAAUGAGAUUGUUGACGGACCUUACCACGGCUUAGUGGACUCCAAGGAGGCCAUUCGUGCGCUCUGGAUCUCUGCAAGCGAUGAGGCUGAGGCUUCCAAGCUGUAUCUGAGGCCCUCGAAGCAGUCGUCUGCGGAGUCCUAUCGACGAUUUCUAGGUCGUGAGUGGCACUUUUCUGAUCCGCGAACCGCAAACGCUGCUGCGCUAGCGGGCUUGUCACCUGCAGGGUCUCGAAGUGAAGCAUACGACCCGCAUGUCCUUCGCUUUCAAGGCUCCACACUCGACUUACUUGAAGAUUUUCAAACACACGUCCGGAUGUCAGACUUGUUCAACCUGCCUGCCGCCUUCCUCGAAAUCCAGUUCCACCGCGGCGCCGCUAUCCGCCUCGACUCUGUAGGUUGCAGCACCAUUUGCACUUUGGAAUACUCGGGGCGAAAAACCUCUCUUAUUGCUUCUUGCAUCGCUGCCCGCCCCGAUAUGGCGUCCAACAACCAAUCAGUCGACAGAUUCACUGCACUUCCUUUGGAAAUGCUGCGGAAUAUUGCAGGCUAUCUUGACCUCUGGAACCGACUGAAGUUGCGAACAGUCUUCCCAAAGGCGCAGGAAGAAAUUGUCGUUGACCUAAUCGGCGAUGCGCUGAAGACGGUACACGUGUCACCGAACAGCCUCUCCCUAGCGAACUUCGACAAAAUCACCAUGACCCGCUUCUUUCGGACGCGCAUCGAGAAUAUAACAUAUCUGCCCAUGGUCUUCUGCGCAAAGGGAUACAAAGGUAGGCGGGACAACCAGAUACGCAGCCUUGAGGACUUUCGCAAGAGACACCCUGCUCUUAGUCGGUCGGAGUCGCAAAGAAGCUUCGAAAUCUACCAAGAUCUUGUGCACGAAUAUGAAGACAAUGACUUCGACAGCCUGAAACAACUACAAACCGCUGAAAAAGAGACAUCGCUUCGAAAGCAACUCACAAAGGCUAUGAAAAGACUACCAAAUCUGAGCUCCGUAUCGAUCUCAACAUGUGCUCAGGCUCAAGGAAUCAACGGGAAGUUGGUCAAAGAAUUGAGCCUUUGGCUGCGCGAGGAUCCGCCAGAUCGCCAGACCUCGCAUAAUCUGAUGUCGGCAGCUUUCACCUCGUUUGGCGAGCGGUGGUACAUGGCAUUUGUCUUCAUCAUUCUGGAUGUCUUACAUACGAUCAAGCCACUGUCGAAUUUAGCAAUUGGUGAUAGCAUGAAAGGCCAGCUUAUUCGUGACCCCAAAUUCCAGGAUGCCUUCGAGAUCGGCCUUUUGGAGCAGUCUCUAGCCCAAGUCACUCGCUUGACAAUCAGUUGCGCGCACGGCUACAACCGCGACCGAAAGGUCACAGCUGAACGGUGGUACGCCAUCGCAGCACACUCCAAGAAAUUGCAAGAGCUCACCGUCUACGCCGACGACUCUGAUGAUGAUUAUUAUAAUGACUGGCUUAAUGUCGGCGAUGGUGUACGAGCUGUGGAUGGUUUCCUUAGCCACGGAGACUACACUCAGCUCAAGAAGCUUCGAAUCGAAGGAAGUCAAUGGACUAGUGGAGUUGACGUGAAGCUAUUUGAGCAAUUCCUCUUCCUACACCGUCACGUCAUCAAAGAAAUCGAACUCGAGAGCAUACUGCUGGUGGACCGCCCGCAGAAGGGCUCUGCUUUGACGGAAAAUCACGCCUACAACAACCUGCGCGACUUCCUGUUGGACACCAAUUGGCUCAAAGUCAUUACAAGGUUCGAGAUGAAGCUCUCUAGGCACGAUCCAAGUGCUCAGCAUCUCCCACAGCUAGCGAAGGAUCUGAACGUGCCUCUCAAGAAGGACGUGUGGGACUUCGGCGAGAAAUGGCUAGAAAAUGGCGCUUGGAGACUAGAAUGGCGAUGGAGAAGUGGGAGACAGCAGAGGCUGCAAGUACGGAUAUCAAACCCCACGGAAGGAAUCAUGAAUGAGCGAUACAGUAGCAUACACGAUUCGACGGCGAUCCUUUCCUUUGGUCCAGCGGAUCGGUCGGAAGCGCGCACGAAGGAUGGAUCGAUCUUUGCUACGCAAGCGGAGCGCAAAGGGCAAAAUGCCAGCAUUGAUUUCAUCCAUGCUAAGACUCAGACUUCGACACAAGCAUACCUUGACGCUCGGGUAUGUGAUUUCAGACAUUAA